AUGACCAUUUCUUCUCCCGAAUGGAAAACCCCAAAGGAGACUUCUUUUGAUUUGGAUUGGGCCAACUUGACUGUGAUCGAUCUUUCCAAAUUUGAUGACGUACAAGGUAGAAAAGAACUUGUCCAAGAAUUGGGUGAAGCUGUCAAAAAAGACGGAUUUUGGGCAGCUGUUGGAACAGGUAUAUCUGAAGAAGAAAUCAAUGAUCAAUUUAAGUUGGGACUGAAGUUCUUUAGUGACUAUGAACUUGAUGAUAAACUGAGACAAUUAGUAAACUUUGAGGAAGGAAAUUAUUUUGGAUAUAAACCUAAGGAUAUUAAGACCGUGUUUGGCACAGACGUAAAGGAUAAUGUAGAGACACUAAACAUUGCCAAAUUUACGAAAGCAGGUGAUUAUGAUGAAUAUUUCAAACAAAAUUACAUUCACGACUACAGAGAACAAUUAGAAUUGGUUUCCAGAAGGUCCUGGGAAGUUGCAAGAAAACUUUUGAUACUUUUCGCUUUGAUUUUGGAGCUUGAUGAAAACUAUUUUGUACUCAAGCAUUUGUAUGAUGAACCAAGUGAUGACCACUUGAGAUAUAUGAAAUAUCAUCCCAGAAGCGAAGAGGACGAUGCAAAAGUUGAUAACAUUUGGGCGAGGGGCCACACAGAUUUUGGACUGUUGACAUUAUUAUACAAUCAGCUUGUGGCUGGAUUGCAAAUCCAAGUAGGUGAUGGCUCUUGGAAGUAUGUUAAGCCAGUAAAAGGAGGAAUCAUUUGCAAUAUUGGUGACACCUUGUCAUUUUGGAGUGGUGGUUACUUUAAAUCAACCAUUCAUAGAGUUGUUAGACCUCCACCUGACCAAAUCAAUGCACCUAGGAUUGGUUCGUUUUACUUUGUGCGCCCAGCAGGACUUAUCUCUAUUGCAGACUCGCCUUUGUUAAGAAGACUAGGUCUUUAUAAAGAGACCAAGCCUAUUACUGGUACCGAAUACGUUAGACUGAGAGUGAAGAACUACCAUGAUCUUCCCAACUAUGAAAGAAAGACUGAUGCUACAUUCAAACAUGGAGAUUUCGAAAUAAGAGAUGGCUUUUAA